AUGGAGAGGGCAGCGCAGCAAGUUUUGAGCAAUGCUGGGCAGUUAGUGGGGGAGGAGUUUCGGCUGCUCCGCACCGUUGGUGGCGAGGUUGCCGAGCUGAGGGACGAGCUGGCAACCAUGAGCGCCCUCCUCCGCAUGCAUACUGAAGCCGAAGACGGUGCCGUGGACCACUUCGUCCGCGAGUGGAUGAAACAGCUCCGUGAGCUCGCCUACGAUGCUGAGGACUGCAUCGACCUUUACAUAUUCCGCAUCAAGUGCGGGCCGAAACUCGGCGUCUACAUCUGGUGCAAGCGCCAGUUUGAGAGGCUUUUGCCUCGCUAUCGUCUCGCUGGGAAGAUGAGGGCCCUCCGAGCCCGUGCUGUGGCAAUCAGCGAGCGCCAUGCUCGUCAUGGCGUCAGCCGCGACGCACUGGGCCGCUCUCGUUCUUUAGCUCUUGUGCCGGUGCUGGGGGCGUCCGCGCAUGCUCUCCGGCCUACCAACGACCCUGACCAGUUGGUUGGCGUCGCAGAACAGGCUAUCGACCUGGCCAACAAGGUGCAGGCUGUGACUGACAAAGAGCGCGACAUGAAUUUAAAGGUGUUCUCUAUCGUGGGGUUUGGAGGGCUUGGAAAAACUACACUUGCCAUGGAGGUGUGCCGGCAACUGGAGACGGAUUUCGACCGCCAAGCGAAUGUGUCUGUGUCUCAGGCGUUCGAUGGCGGAAAGGACCUGCAGGUACUGCUGAAACGCGUGCUUCACCAGGUUGCCAAGGCCAAAUCGCAAAAUGAUAAAGGCAUCAAUGAAGAGGUGAAUGAUUCACUUGGUGCAAUUGACGCCAUGGAUGUUGAUCAGCUGGCCACCAAGCUUAAGGAAUUUCUCGAUGACAAGAGGUACCUGAUUGUGGUCGAUGAUGUAUGGACAAUAUCAGCUUGGGAUGCCAUCCAGUCCAAGUUGCCAAGUAGCAGACACGGCAGCAGAAUCAUUGUGACCACUCGGAUAGAUAGUGUGGCCAAAGAAUGCAGUGAUCCUACUAUUGGCAUCUACCCUAUAAAGCAACUCAAUUUGGCAGAUUCUACGAAGCUAUUCAUGAGUAAAGCAUUUGGAUCUGUGGAGGCUUCAUGCCCCACGGAGUUAGAAAGCACAAUGAACAAGAUUUUAAAGAAGUGUGGUGGCCUGCCACUCGCAAUUAUUAGCAUUGGUAGCCUCUUGGCGAGCUAUAGAUCACCAGAGAGCAAGGACAUGUGGGACACAAUAUGCAAAUCAAUCGGUUCUCAGAUGGAUAGCAGCCCUACCUUGGAGGGGAUGAGGCAGAUAAUCACACUCAGCUACAACCACCUGCCUUAUAAUCUCAAGGGCUGCAUGAUGUAUCUUUCCAUUUUUCCAGAAGACUAUGAGAUCAGGACCAUUCGACUCUUGUACAGAUGGAUUGCUGAGGGAUUGGUUGAGGAAAAACGGGGGUUGACUCUGAAGGAGGUUGCAGAGUCUUAUUUUGAUGAACUGAUUAGUAGGAGCAUGAUUGUUCCAACUUCCGGCAUGGGCUACAAUGGGAGGGCGAAGGCGUGUCGGGUGCACGACAUGAUGCUUGAGGUCAUGGUGUCCAAGUCCUUGGAAGCCAACUUUGUUAGCGUGGUAGGUUCGCAGUACGAGGGGGUGUCAUAUGAUAGGAUUCGCCGCCUCUCCAUCCAUGAUGCACCCAUGGAGUCUUCAUCCAAGAAACAAAAUAAGAAAAAAAUAGCAGGGCACGGCAAGAGUAAUGGCAUGAAGUGUGUUCGGUCACUAACCAUGUUUGAGAUCGAAGGGCAUAGUAUCCUCAGUCGCCUGCGAGAGUUCACCCUACUGAGGGUACUUGAUCUAGAAGGCUGCAAGGGCCUAGAAAACAAGCAUGUGAAACAUAUCUGCGGGAUGUAUCUCCUAAGGUUCUUGAGCUUGAGGAGCACAGAGGUCAGCGUGUUACCUAAAAAAAUUGGUGAGCUAGAGCAUUUGCAGAUGCUUAAUGUUGAUUGGACGUGCAUUGAGGAGCUACCAGAAGAACUAACAAAGCUGGAGAAACUUGAGCAUGUAGACUUCCGCAACAAGCAUGACUGGUCCAUUAUGUGGACUCCGCCGCAAGGACUCUCUAAAAUGAAGGCGUUGCGGGAGGUGAAUUACAUAAUUGUAAAUGACGUCCAUGUUGCCAAAGAAGUGGGUGAACUAGGGCAACUGCGGCAGAUAGGUAUCUGGGUCUCUCAUGAAAAUCAAGAGGUUCUCCCAGAGCUUGCAUGUUCCCUGAGCAAGAGAUACUCCCUCCGGUCCCUGUCCAUUGGUUGCUUUGAGCAAGGCCCUGUGAACUUCCUCCUUCAAAUGGAAUCUCCGCCACGACUCCUCCGACACUUAUACAUUGAUGGUGAUAUCAACGAACUUCCCAACUGGGUCGGGUCACUAGCAUAUCUUAUUGAUAUUGACAUUAUGAACACAUGCCUUGUUGGUGAUCAACUAUUUGGCGUCCUCUGUAAGUUGCCUAACCUGCAGAAAAUCUGGCUGGGGCCGAGAGGCUACAUUGGCCAUGAGCUGGUUGCACGCACUGCCCACAACUUCCCUAUGCUGAGAAAUCUUGUGUGCCAUUGUACAAGUAUGCAUCCAACGCUUCAGUUUGAAAAUGGAUCAAUGGAUAAGCUCGAGGGGCUUAGUGUGGAAUUCGGUGCCGAUGGGAGGAGUCUUGUUGGAAUCCAGCAUUUGCCCAACCUUAAAGAGGUGGAGCUCAUCGGUGUCAAAGACAACUCUACACUGAGCAACUCAUUGGACCAGCUGAUAGCAGAGAGUAAGACACGCAAAGAGCACAACCAGUUCAAAGUUGUAGCGAAGUACCAGUGA